CUGACAGAGAGCGGACACUCGCCCACAGUAACCGGCUCUGUAGCAGCCACUGGCUUAUCUCAUCUCGGAGGAUCGGAUCGCUUCCUCCCGUGCCAGUCCAGCGCCCGCUGACUGUUCCUGUCAUAAAUCGUCCGUAUCUCACUUUUCACUCGAGCGACAAAAAGAGAGAUGGACAAGUGUUUCACUUUCUUCGCUCUCAAGGAUCCGUCUCUAUCACAUCUUUUCCUCCGGAUCUUUGUUUCUGGACGGGAGGCUGCGGCUGCGUAAUGCCUCUCAGAAGAAGAAGAAGUAGCAGAUGUGUUGUGCAGGAUGUUCUCUGUUUGACCAUGGCCUGCUGCUGAAAGCCCUACAUUCAUGAGAAGGCAACAGAAAGAAGAUUACUGGGGGAUUAAACACAUGCACACGCGUGCACAUGCAAACGCAGGGGGGUGCUACGGUUCCGGGAUUUAACUUCCAUCCAACUGAUCUGAAUGAACUUCCCUGACUGACUGAGAGACUCCAAAGGCAUCAUGGAAGAAGAGGAGGAGCCAACAGAGGCUCGCUGAAUGUUCUGUCCGCUGACCCCACCUUCUUUCCACCUGUUUCACCAUCAAAGGCUCGGAAAGCUUUAAAUUGCAAAGCUGGCUGUCCCACAAUGUGUUGACGCUUAGCAGUAGUAUUAGCCUCACCUAUUGCUUGCAUAUAUCUGCCUACCCCUGCCCUGAUUUAUUUUUUAAAAAAGACUAGCUGACAUUCUCAUCUGGGAGAUACAGAGAAAGCUUCUUUUUUUUAUUCUGCAGCCAUAGCAGAAAAAAAAAACACAUCAAGUGUCAAGAGGAAGAUGCUGAAGAGAAAGUUAUAUUUUUAAACCUUUGCUGUGGAUGCCUUACCACCACAUGCUUACACACGAGACUCAAGGAUGACUGACAAAACCAAACCUUUGAUUCCUUUAAGUUCAGAAGUUCUGUUUUUAGCUCAAGCUCUUCUUGUUUUGGAUCGCGUCAACGACAACAAAGAAAUAUUCCCAUUGCUUUGUUGUUUAUGCUAAGAUGAGUAGCAGAUCUGAUGUGAGAAUUGCCGCAAGGAGAUAAAGACAUGUCUUAUUUUUGCUGCAGCACAUCUCUUUUCAUGAGGAUGUAAACCAGAUGUGACUUUUCCAAAAUAUUUUGGAGUAUACGAGGCCUUAACAGCGAGAAAUACAUUUGCACGCUGAGGUUCCUAAAGAAAGUGCAGAUGACGAUUCACCAGCAAAAUGUAACACCUUCUGCAUAAAACAAGAACAAACCUAUCCCCUCAAUCUGAGCUGCAAUGGCCAGCCAGGCCACCCCUAUGUUUCUCCACGGCUUCGAACUCAGCGGUCAUUUUGUUGACCCUCGACCUCUUGGCACCGGUGUCACCGGGCUGGUGCUGUCUGCUGUCGACCAGCGCACUGGACAGCGAGUAGCUAUUAAAAAGUUGUCGAUGCGAGAUGCAAUCACAGUGAAGCAUGCCCUGCGGGAGGUGAAAAUCACCCAACGACUGCACCACGAGAACGUAGUGAGUGUCCAUGAGGUCUUAGCGCCAUACGGAUGGCCGCUGCCCCAGGACCCAUCCCAGCUGAGUGCCCUGUACAUCAUCCAGGAGUGCAUGGAGACCGAUCUGGCCCGGUUACUGGACCAGGGACCACUGCCUACAAGUCAUGCCACCCUGCUGUUUUAUCAGCUGCUGAGGGGUCUAAAGUUCAUCCACUCAGCCAAUGUCCUCCACCGAGACCUGAAGCCUGCCAACAUCUUCAUCAACACAGACCAAAUGCUGCUCAAGAUCGGAGACUUUGGACUUGCCAGAAUAGUGGACCCCCAUUAUUCUCAUAAGGGCUAUCUGUCUGAGGGUUUGGUGACUAAGUGGUACCGUUCCCCCCGUCUGCUCCUGUCCCCCAACAAUUACACGAAGGCCAUAGACAUGUGGGCUGCUGGCUGCAUACUGGCUGAGAUGCUCACUGGACGCAUGCUGUUUGCAGGAGCUCACGAGCUGGAACAGAUGCAGCUGAUUCUCGACACUGUGCCCGUACUGAGAGAGGAGGACAGGCAGGAUCUCCUACAGGUGAUGCCUUCAUAUGUCAGUCAUGGAUGGAGAAUCAAGAAAUCUUUCUCUGAGCUGCUGCCUGAAGUGGAUCCUUGGGCGGUGGAUUUUCUCGAGCGCAUCUUGACAUUUAACCCCAUGGACCGUUUGACAGCAGAAGAAGCUCUGUCCCACCCUUUCCUCCAGCAGUACUCCUGUCCAGAGGAUGAGCCUGUCUCCUCGCACCCUUUCCACAUUGAGGACGAGCUGGACAGCCUCAUCACCGAGCAGAGCUUGAGCAGCAGCGACAGUCAGGCCUCCAGCUUUCACUGGGAAAGGUUCGACAACAGUUUAUCAUCCAACAUAUGGGCACCAUACUCAGACGAGAGGUGUCGGUGUUUGCCCUCUGGUCCUGCUCCAGCUGACCUGGGAGACACCACAGAUAAUGAAGAGGUGCAGCGGGACCCAAGGGCUAGUUCCAGCUCUCUGACAGAAGAGGCGCAGGUUGACCCCCGCAAAUAUUCCCAUAGCAGUUCAGCUGAGCGUUUCCUGGAGAGCUCUCACUCGUCUCUGGAGCGCGUCUGUGCUUUAGGAUACGGGGAGCUUGACUGUGGUCGCUCCUGCGAUUACAAAGUGGGCUCUCCUUCAUAUCUGGAUAAAAUUGCAUGGCGAGAGGGAAAGCCCCAGCACUACUCAGAGCCUAAGCUGAUUCUGGAUCUGUCUCACUGGAAGCGUAACACUGGCAGACUCCCCGCGCCUGCCGAGCCCAUUGGUGGCAGCAUGGAGGACCUGGGAGAGGUGAGGGUGGAGGAAGCAGAGGAAGAAGAGGAGGAAACCGGGGAUUUGUUCCAGGAAAUCACUCGCUGGGUGGAGAGUGCUCAUUCUCGUCUGCACUCGCCCAGUACCAGUCCAUUAAUGGACCACUGCUCACCCUCCUGCUACACCUCCUCUCCCCCUCUUCCGCUGUCUCCCACGGACCUCCCAGCUCCUGUCUUCCACUACAACGAACACAUCCGCCCUCCAUCAGUUGACUAUGACGAGGACAGACUGAGCCCCCUUCCUUCCAGCACAUCUUCCUCUAAUACCCUCCCCUUUCUCUUCCCAUCGUCGCCCACGGCUAUAUUUUCACCUCAAACAGCAUCACCACCACCUACUCCACUUGUGCAGCUCCCAGCAUCUCAACCGCUGUCCUCUACCUCCUCUAUAUCUCAGUCCCCUAAUGCAGACUCCACAGAGUCCCUGCCAGUCAAGCAAAAAGAGCGCUUGUUUGACCUUGACGUGUUCAUAUCCCGAGCUCUGAAGCUGGUCCGGCAGAAUAAAGAGAAAGUUCAUGUGAAGAAAGGAAAAGAUGAAGGCUGGAUGGAGGAGAGCAAAACAGCGAGCAUUAAAGGAAAGGUGCCCCGGCUUUCUGAGCACAGGACUUCCCCAUCACAAACUCCCAACUCCUAAUCUCAGUUCCAGAGUUAGCACAAAAUAACUAUAAAAUUAGUCACACUUGCAAAUGAGGGAUGUUCUGCAUUCUACAGUAGCAGCUUGUCUUUUUAGCACUCAAAAGGCUCCAAGACAAACCUUCAGUUUAAAAACAGCAGUUGUGCAGCUUUGUUCUCAGGCAAUAAAAGCUAAGAAGAAACUUGAGUAAAAUAUAAAUCAACACACUCGGCUCUAUAAAUACUAAACAUUUACUCAAUGUGAGUAGUUCUGCUUUAUGCCUGUUCCAAUAGGACGUAAAGCUAACUAUCAAUCGUUCAAGACUUGACGAUCGCUAAUGAUGCUUUGUCUUUGUUCUAAAACUUGGAUUUAAUGAGUUCACCGUUGGAAAUACAACAUAAAUAUCCCCUGAAGUCACAUCUCCUGUCAGUAAAGGUCUCUUGGUGGGUUUGUUUUUGGAAGUCAAAGCUCCGAUCUGAGAACAACAUCACACACAAGUCUGAUAAAGAAGAAUGUUUCCUAAAGUUAGAAUUAUGACUAAGAAGGUCAGAGGUCUGCUGUUAGAUUUUCUCUCACGUUGACACUGUGAUGAGAAAAUGACACUGCACCUGAGUUUUGUACAUUCCAUUGGUGUGUUCUCUUAUCGAUAGGAAGUUGGAUUUUCCGAAUUCCCAGUUGAAAUGCAACAAGAACAUCAAAAUUCUAACUGUGAAACUGUUAGAGAAUAUGUAAGCGUAGUGUUUUAAUGCAAAACAUGAAAACCAAAAACAUAUCAGUCGUAGUUAGCUCCAAAGACAAAUAGCCAGUCACUCCAGUUUUCUGACUUAAGGCUAAAACUCUCUCAAAGUAAGGCUCAAGACAAACUGAGAGCAACAUAUUAGCAAAUCAGAAAAUGUGUGAGGUUUGCUAACUGUUUUAGUUUUAACCACUGUCACAACUUAAAAAUGUUUUUGUUUUUUUCUUUUUCAAUUUUAUGCCUUCAAACUCUAAAGGUACAUGUAGUCACAAUAAGAGGUUGCACAGCAUAAUGCAUGUUAUCAGCUGACCAAGAUGCAUGCAGCUUUCACUGCGUUUAAUACACAUGACUGCCAUGUUGGAUACUCUCUCUGCCUCCCUCUCUCUCUCUUUCAGUUAGAUACUGAACUCUGGGAUGUUUGGAGAAUUACAGCUUACCCAGUCAGAAUUUUGACCCCAGUGGUUGUUGUAUAUCCGACUGGGAAUUCUGGGAAAUCUGAAUUAAGAGUACAAAAACAAGUCACAAUCUGAACAGCCUCGAGUUCAGUCUUCAUUGUUGCCACUGCAUAUAUAAAACAGUGAAGGUUGCAGGAAUAAGCUAUUAACGCUUCUGUCCGCUUGUGUCUAAUGAAACCUGUGACACACAUGCUAAUGCACAACCUCUGAUUUUGAACAUGCUCUUUUGCUAUUUAAAUUGUAACCAGCUUGUGGGGAUGUGACGUAGUGCCAAGGUUCAAGCUCCAACUUAAUCCAAUGCACGAAAUGUCACAAAAAAUUCGUCACUGAUAACAGCAAUCUUAGACUUUUAUUAUGUGCUUAAAACAUGCUGUAAUUAUCUUUCUAAACUCCAUCCUGUUAACUCUUGAAAGAAUCUGUCAGUCUUCCAACAACAUUUACCAAAUGACGACAUUAAGUGACGCAGUAAAAGCUUUUUCUAAGCGUUUGAAUGUAUUAACUAAGAAAUAACCAGACAGAGUGUGGCGUGAUCAACUGUUAAUUUUAUUUAUUGCUUCUUUAACACUCCCUCAAUGAGUUACUAAGUUUUAACAACAGAAUCUUGUAUAAAGUUAUGUUCAUAUUGGAUUUUCAAGUACAUGUAAUAUAUCACUAGACAUUUGUGUGGCUAAAACAGUUCUGCAAUAUUUUCUAAAUAUUAGAAAGAAUGAUCUUUUUAAUGAUUUUGGAGUUAGCUAGGAUUUUGAUUGAAUUUGGAGUGAGCUAAUCUAUGGUAGUACUUUAUGAUUCUUCUGCCAGCUGGACUCAUUUUUAAACACGUGUAGUUUGUUUCCUGCCCGAUGUACCAAAUCUGUUCCACAAUGAAAACACAGUUUUCUUCCACUGCUACGGGCCUAAAUACCUUCUGCUCACUUCAAUGUUAGCAACAAAAAGCUGUAGCAUGUAUAAAACUUAUCUAUAAUUUGGGAAAUGUAGAGUCUGCCAAGUAGCUCUAUUUAUAAUGUACAAUUUUUUCUGAACCCUUUUAUAUUUAUUAGGUUGUUACUGUAGAUGCUUCUGUUUUGCUUGUUUUUUAAAUAGUAUUUUGGCUUUUUUAUUUCUCUCAGCCAAGUCAACCAUACUGGAAAACACACAGCACCCUGCACACUUACUGGCAACCCCCUAAAAAUAUCUUCUUUUUUUUUUUAUCAAUUUAAUAUUGUAAUAUUGACUUGUUUCAGCUAUAAUUUUACAGUAGGACAUCUUAACAUGCGUGAUGCCAAUAAUUGUGGAGGGUGGUGCUGCUGAGAUGUGCUGUAUGGCUGUUGAAAACAUUUUCAUACAUCCUCUGUAAAUGGUUGUAACAAUUUGAAAUGCAAUGCCUUGCUGUGAAGUUAUCGUUAUCUGUUUGCAGAGUGCAGUUACACCUGUCCUGGAGUAACCCUGUACCAGAGGUAAAACUCUGAGAUCAAAAUACACUGCCAGCAAUUCUGCAAAACAAGCAUGUUUAGUCAUAUGUUUGUCUUUCACUGAAUGACUACUUUAUAAACCACAGUGAUAUUGCUGUCAAGCAGUGAGUUUUGUAUCAAUCUGCUCAUUUUAUGCACACUAUAACCUGCAGGUAGUCGAGUAUUUCCAAAGGAUACUAACACAAGAUAUACUAUCAGUACAACCCAGAGAAACAGCAGUCAGACCACAUAUUUCUGUUGUUAAAUUUACAGUAAAGCACACGUGGAAUAUGAAGCACAUUAACAAAGGCAGCAUUUGGUCACCAUCAACAUUACGACUCUGUAUUGUCUUCUUUUGUCAGCAAUGUACCUCUCAACAUUGCACAACAAAAACCUUGGCAUAUUUAGAGCACUCAAAGAAAGUAAAAACUGCACGUUUCUGAUCCAAUAGUAGAUAAGUUGGUCUACACUCUGACUUUUACCACGUCUUAUAAUCUACAUUUGUAGCGCAGUUUAUUUCAGAGGCUACCUAAGCCAGCAAUAAUACCAUUUAUUGAGUGACACAAACACACUGAAACACAUGUGGUUACUGAGCCAAAAGUAAAAAUCCUUAUUCUAUCAAGCAAUGUUGAAAAUGUGCCUCAGUACACCUCGAUGCUUCCAGCUUGCUGAAUGUAAAAUAUGCCCUCAUCUCUGUAUGGCUAUGCAGGUAGCUUAAUCCAUGUCUUAACGGUGUAUGUCUCUGUGAAACGGUAACAAAUUCUCUGGUUUCUUAUUCCGUAUUUAUCAUACUUAUGCUUCAGGGGGAUUUCAGCCUUUCAUUUGAGAAGAUCUGUGGGAAUUUUAUUGUAUUGGAUUGAUAGCAUCUCUUUUGAGUGUCAACCUUUGUUGGAAAAUUAAUAAAAGAAUGUUGAAAACAGA